AUGGCUCAAGCUGCUCAUCCCAUAUGCAAACUCCUGAUACUCUCUGGAAUUUCUAUAAUGAGUUAUAAAAUUUAUAAUCUCGCAGAUGAAGCAACGGCACUGAUGCUAGAAGCGGACAAAAAGGUCGACGAGUUUCAGAGGACCAGUCAUAGCUUUACAAAGUACAACAUCAUUGAUGUGUACCGGGAAUGGAGGGAAAACCAAACCGUCCUGGACACCAUUGCAUCUAUACGCAGGUUCCGGGAUGCUAGUGCGGGGAAGAUGCUAGAGGAGUAG